AUGAAGAAUCCAGAUGAAACUUUUUCCUACUUUUUCCUUUCCUUGAUAGUGGGAAAUCUAGAGCCAAAAAUAGAAGAUCUAAUAAAAAGAAUUAAUAAAUUGCAACAAGCCAAGAAGGUAUUAAAUGAAGAGAUUUCUGAGGCAAAUAAACACAGUAAGACACUUCAGCUGGAACUGGAAAAGCGGAGUUAUUUCAAGAGGAAAACAGAAAAGCAAAAGGUUAUCUUGAAGCAGCCUCAAAGUACAAUUUUGAUUUGCAAGAGAAGUGCCACAAUGAAUGCAGAGAAGUCAAGCCUUGAAGAAAUAUGGAAUGAGAAAAAGGAGAUCAAAAAAGUCAUGCAGAUGCAUUCAAAGGAGACACAAGAUGAAAUGCAGAGGGAGCAGAAAUUGAACCUGGAUUGCAAGAAACAAAUUGAAGAAAUCACAGCCAAGAUUCAGAUGGAAAAACUGAAGCAGAGGGAGCAGAGAUUCGCAUUUGAGCAGUUACUUGAUGAAUUGAUGGAGAAGCACAAGAAUCUCUGGGAACUUUAUGCCAAGGAAAAACCAAUAACUGACAUGAAAAAGAGUAAGGAGCAGUUACUACUUGAAGAAAAACUAAUCCAAGAGAAGCUUGCUCAUGUUCAAGAUGAACUGAAUUUGCUGAGCCAGGUUACAUUUAGUGGACAGAGGAAGUUUCUGAAAAGCCAGGCAGCUGCAUCUACUUUGUGAGUAUACUUCCGUUCCCUUUUGGGAUAAUAAUAUUUAGAACUCAGAUAAGAAAGUUUGCUCCUUCCCAAGAAUAUCCAAAAAAUUACCUUUUAACAUUUAAAAUGAACUACAAUGGCAAGUAAAAGUGCUAUUUGUGCAAAUAAAUAAAACCUUUCCAAGAGUAAUUAAUUUUUUUAUUUUAAUUGA